UCUUUUCCCUUCGGCAGAGAAGAGACAAUGGCGGCGAUGGCAUCUUUCGGCGCCCUGGCGCUACUCCUGCUGUCCAGGUUAUGUUGCUGCUCAGAAGCCUGCCUGGAGCCCCAGAUCACCCCUUCUUACUAUACAACCUCAGAUGCCGUCAUUUCUACAGAGACCGUAUUCAUCGUGGAGAUCUCACUGACUUGCAAGAACAGGGUCCAGAACAUGGCUCUUUAUGCUGAUGUUCGUGGAAAACAGUUUCCCGUAACCCGGGGCCAGGAUGUGGGCCGAUAUCAGGUUUCAUGGAGCCUGGAGCACAAAAGCGCCCACGCAGGCACUUAUGAGGUCAGAUUCUUCGAUGAAGUGUCCUACAGCCUCCUAAGGAAGGUUCAGAGAAAUAAUGAGGACGUUUCCAUCAUCCCACCCCUGUUUACAGUCAGUGUGGAUCAUCGGGGCAUCUGGAAUGGGCCUUGGGUCUCCACGGAAGUGCUGGCUGCAGUGAUCGGCAUAGUCAUCUACUACCUAGCCUUCAGUGCAAAGAGCCACAUCCAGGCCUGAGGACAGCAUCCUCAGCCUUCUAUUGCUUCUUUCA